AUGGGCGUCUCUCAGUGCUUGAAACUUCUCAGCUUGGUCAGUGUCGCGACUGCGGCUCCAAACUACGCUGUACCUGGGACUCUACCAAAAAGCGCAGCACCACUGGACGUUUCACCUGUAGGAGCAUCGUUCGAGUUCUUUAUGUGGCCUUCCUACGCAACUAAUAUCUCUUUGACCCUUCCAUGCUUAGAGCACUUCAACAAGCUCUAUAAGAAGAGGAUACCUAUUCGGAUCGGAGGCACAACGCAAGAUAGAGCAACUUACGAUGCUGACUUUAAAGGUUAUGUCUCGUACAAGGUCGAUGAUCUACUGGACGCUCCGAUGAGCCUUACUUAUGGGCCCAGAUUCUUUGAUCUGAUCAAGACGUUUGGAGCUGAAACGAUCCUGGGGCUUAAUCGGGGUUUGAACAACAGGAGCAAGACGUUUGCGGCGGCUACCAUGGCGAAAUCGAAAGCACCUGACAAUAUUUGGGCGAUUGAACUUGGAAACGAGCCUGAUCUCUUUUACAAGUAUUGGCAGUACCCUGUUGCUCAAGCCCCGUGGAACGAGACACAGGAAGGAUCCGAUGCGGCCGACUGGGCACAGGACUUUGCAAACCAUUGGAAGAGUCCUCUCCCCAUUCUUGCUGGUGGUGGAUACGCGAUUCCCUUCCAGAUAGAACCUGGAUGGCCCAACCUACCAUAUCUGGUCAAUGAGGCCUACAACCAGACUGUCAAGGCAGCGACGAAGGUGUACAACGGACAUUUGUAUGCUUUCUCGAAUGCAACCGAAGAUGGACUAGGUACUGAGAUGGCACACCAGAGAACAGUUGAAGACCUUAAACUUCUGCCUAUCUCAACUGCCAAGUCUGUCGGCAGUCCGUACAUCAUUGGUGAAACGGGCUUUCAUGGAUUAGACUACGAAAUGGACGCCACUUUCGGCUCUGCCAUACAGAUGAUCGACAAGACCUUACGUGCUCUGUCUAUUGGCACUUACCGACUGUUCUACCACCAAGGUACUGUCAACCAAGCUUUCUUCAAUUGGUGGCGAGGUAAUCAACUCAACGCCAAUUUCUACGGCGCCUACUUCGGAGCUCUUGCUGCAGCAGGCGGUGAUCACAUCGUGGCGAGCGACGAUGGUAGCGACCGGUACGCGCAGUAUAUCAUCUAUCGAAAGGGCAAACCUUUCAAACUUGUCCUUGUCAACACCGAUUACUACUCGGGUAUCGGCUCCCGCUCCACGACAAGUUUUACAGCUACCGGACUUAAAAGUGGUGCUGUGAAGGCGCUUCGCAUGACAGGACCAAGCAGCGAGACUCUAGUUCCCCUUAGACAGACCAAUCCCAGCCUUGAGCCCAGUAUUGGAGGCCAAUAUUUCUCGAACCAGAACUGUGGUCUUAAAGGUGCUCAGAAGUUUGAGACACUCAAGGUUAAGAAGGAAAAGCUUGUUGUAGAUCUUAAAGCGUCGGAAGCACUUGUUAUCUACCUGUAA